UUACGAUAGAUUUAUACUGAUCUCUUCCAACUUAUUAAUCUCUCGCGGAUCAUGAUAGACUGAUUUCGUGAAUUGAGUUGAUGGAAAACAUGGGGGAUUCGAGCAUAGGGCCGGGCCAUCCGCAUCUCCCUCCUGGGUUUCGGUUUCACCCGACUGAUGAGGAACUAGUGGUUCAUUACCUUAAGAAGAAAGCUACUUCUGUUCCACUUCCGGUCUCAAUCAUCGCUGAGAUUGAUCUUUACAAGUUCGAUCCUUGGGAGCUUCCAAGCAAGGCGAGUUUUGGAGAGCACGAGUGGUACUUCUUUAGUCCUCGGGACCGGAAGUAUCCGAAUGGGGUUAGGCCGAAUCGAGCAGCAACUUCCGGUUAUUGGAAAGCCACUGGAACAGAUAAACCGAUAUUUACGUGCAAUAGUCACAAGGUUGGCGUCAAGAAAGCGCUUGUUUUUUACGGUGGAAAACCUCCUAAAGGGAUAAAAACAGAUUGGAUCAUGCAUGAAUAUCGCCUCACCGAUGGUAACCUUAGCACCACGGCUAAGCCACCUGACAUAGCCACGACGAGAAAAAACUCACUACGGCUAGACGAUUGGGUUCUAUGUAGGAUCUAUAAGAAGAAUAGUUCACAACGACCAACUAUGGAGAGAGUAUUACUAAGAGAAGAUCUAAUGGAAGGAAUGCUCUCAAAAUCAUCUGCUAAUUCUUCUUCCACAUCAGUCCUAGACAACAACGACAACAAUAAUAACAACAACAACGAGGAACACUUUUUCGACGGCAUGGUCGUCUCUUCAGACAAACGUUCGCUGUGUGGUCAGUACCGGAUGGGUCACGAGGCCUCGGGAUCAUCUUCAUUCGGAUCUUUCCUGUCGAGCAAGAGGUUUCAUCACACAGGUGAUCUCAACAAUGACAACUACAAUGUCUCUUUUGUUUCAAUGCUUAGUGAGAUUCCUCAGAGUUCGGGGUUUCAUGCAAAUGGAGUUAUGGAUACGACGUCGUCACUAGGUGAUCAUGGGGUUUUAAGACAGGCGUUUCAGCUUCCUAACAUGAAUUGGCACUCGUAAUCUAUAUAGAUAUGUAUGUAUGUAUGUAUUAAUGCACACAUAAUAUAGUUUACAUAGACAUAUAUCAUCUCUGGGAAUAUAUAUAUACACACAUACACACACACACGAUCUCACAUAUCACAUAUGUAUACGUAUCUGUUUACAGUUUACGUAAGAAAGGUGUAUACGUUCUUUUAACUCCAUAGUUGCAAGAUGUAUACUAAUAACAGAAGCUAAUACUGAUAGUAUACUUUUCCCUAUA